AUGACGUCGGUCAAUCCCAGCGGAGGAAAUGUGCUACAUGGGAGAUGUGAAACAAUUGGACCGGCCUCUGGAGCCGCUCUGGCACAGCUGACGGCUCAACAACACGGUUCGUUAUCAUCGAAUGUGCCAACUGGUUAUGGUCAGAAUGGCGGUAAUGGAGAGGAUGUUAAGCCAAGGUCUUUAAGGUUUACUUGGAGUAUGAAAACUACCAGUUCACUUGCUCCCGAAGAGAUGAUGAGAGAGAUUCGGAAGGUACUUGACCAGAAUAAUUGCGAUUAUGAACAACGUGAACGUUAUCUUUUGCUCUGUGUACAUGGGGACCCACAGACAGACUCAUUAGUGCAGUGGGAGAUGGAGGUCUGCAAAUUACCGCGGUUGAGUUUAAACGGUGUGCGAUUUAAGCGUAUCUCGGGUACGUCCAUUGGCUUCAAAAAUAUUGCAUCUAAAAUUGCACAGGAAUUGAACUUGUGA